AAUAACACACUGAUGUCACAGGGGUAGAUUAGUCAUUGGAAUAUUUAUAUGUUGGUGACACACACAAGGAACCCAAAGCCCCUUACCCUACUUAUAUAAUUUGCCUUAAAUUUUCCAUAAAAACAGUUGAAGUUGAAGUACUUGAGUUUUAAUUGUGUAGAAGAGACCACAGCACUUAUCAGCAAAUUCAUACAAGAGAGACUUGAAAAUUUGGUUCUGCUUCUUAAGAUUAUUAGAUUUUUUGUGAGUGAUCAAAGAGAAGUAAGCAAAGAUGGGUUAUUGGCAAUCAAAGGUGGUACCUAAGAUUAAGAAGGUUUUUGAGAAGAACAGUGCUAAGAAGACUGCUGCUGCUGAAGCUUGCAAGUCUUUUGAUGACUCCAAGGAGGAUUACAGCAAGGUGUUUGAAGAGAAGAAAGAAGAAUUCGAAGCUAAAGUAAAGGAACUUUAUGAGAAGUUGGCUGCUGAGAUCAAGGCUUUAAUCAAGGAACCUAAGCCCACAGGACUGAAGAAGCACUCAGCUGCUGUGGAGAAAUUCCUUGAGGAACUUUCAAGCUUUGAAUUUCCUGGAUCUAAGCCAGCUUAUGAGGCGAGUACAAAGUAUGGGGCAACCUAUGUUUCAGGACCAAUAUUCUAUGUAUUUGAGAAGGUAUCAACUUAUGUUGUGGUAGAAGAGAAGAAGGAAGAGGAGGUUCCAGCAGCCGAGGCACCUCCAGCUGUAACGACAACUGAAGAAACAAGCGGAACAGAGAAGGACAAGGAGAUAGCAGUGGAAGAAGAGAAGAAAGAAGUGGCUGCUGAGCCUGAGGCAGAGCCUGAGAAAACACCCGAAGCAGCUCCUGCAGAACCACCAAAGGCGGAAGAAUGUGCACCAACAGAGCCCCCGAAGCCUUAAGCCAAGAAAUCAUUAUUGAACUGGGAUUUGUCUGUGUAAAAAUUUACAGGAUUUUUUAUUCUUCAUUCUUCUUUUAUUUCUUUUUUUUUUUUAUGUAAUUUAUUUCGUAUUUUCUAUCUUGUUAUAUGUUUACAGUGGUAUUUGUUCAGUAAACUUGUAAUGCUUAUGGUUGAUACAGAGGAGGGAUCAGCUCUUGAGUUUUCUCUCCUCUGUCUAUGUUACUAUCCUCUCAUCAAAGACUCGUGAAAAGAAAUAAAUAUGUUUAAAUUUAAGUUCCC